AUCAUGAUGCACAACGCUCCAGGUGCUUAAAAACGGACAGGUCUGCGCAUGCGCGAGAAGACAAGGGCAAUAAAAGUGACUCAAAUAAAGGCUGUCAUACAAAGAUAUGACUGACAGUAUAUAGCUGUCAGUGCAGGAGCUUCUGUCCGAGGGUCAGUGAAGUAAGCAGAGACUUGAGGAAGACCCAACAGGGAGUCAUGUCGAAACCAGGCAGCACCAAGGGCCGAGACCACACCGGGACCAGGCGGUUCAUCAGUGGGGUGGUGGAAGGUUUUUAUGGGCGACCAUGGACUAUGGACCAGAGAACAGAGCUGUUUAAAAGAGAGCAGAAGUGGGGUUUGAACACGUACCUUUACGCUCCUAAAGAUGACUACAAACACAGGAUGUACUGGAGGGAUCUGUACUCUGCAGAGGAGGCAGAACAACUCAUCGCCCUGAUAUCAGCAGCCAAACAGCACGACGUUGAGUUCAUCUACGCGAUCUCUCCCGGCCUGGACAUUACUUUCUCCAACCCCAAAGAGGUUGCCGCCCUGAAGAGGAAACUGGAUCAGGUGAGGCAGUUUGGCUGCAGGUCCUUCUCUCUGCUGUUUGAUGACAUUGAGACUGAGAUGUGUCCAGCUGAUAAGCAGGCCUUCAGCUCCUUCGCACAUGCCCAGGUGGCCACCACGAACGAAGUGUACCAGCACCUGGGUGACCCUGAGACCUUCCUCUUCUGUCCUACAGAUUAUUGUGCUGCGUUCUGCACUCCCAACGUGUCCCAGUCCUCUUACCUGCACACGGUGGGAGAGAAUCUGCUGCCUGGGAUAGACAUACUGUGGACCGGUCCCAAAGUGGUAUCUCACAAAAUCUCUGUCGAGUCCAUAGAAGAGGUGUCCUCCGUCCUGAAGAGGGCACCGGUCAUCUGGGACAAUAUCCACGCAAACGACUACGACCCCCAAAGGAUUUUCCUCGGACCCUUUAAGGAUCGUCCCACUGAGCUGAUUCCCAAACUGGGAGGAGUGCUCACCAAUCCCAACUGUGAGUUCUACCCAAACUUUGUGGCCAUCCACACCUUGGCUACGUGGUGCAAAGCAACCGCUGGUGGAGCACAGAGGGAUGUGGACAUGGGCGAUGAGGAGCAGGACCCCGGCUACAGCCCCCAGAAAGCCCUGACCCUGGCCCUCACUGACUGGCUGCAGGAGUUUCUGAGCACCGACCAGCCUGGAGGUCGUCUGAAGAAGGAGUCGUCAGAGGAGGAGCCCAUGCAGACGGAUGGGGGAGAGGGCUCCUAUGUUCCUGGACCCGGGGAGAACCCGGUCUACACAGCAGAGCCUCUGACCCUGGACGACCUGAAGCUGCUCUCCGACCUCUUCCACCUGCCGUACGAACACGGCCCGACAGCCAGGACCAUGCUGCAGGAGCUGGACUGGCUCAAGAACCACAGCUGGGCCGUCGCUGCAGAGACAGACAAGACUGCGGAGUGGCGCUCCAGAGCUCAGCAGUUUGACGGCAUGUGUGAGGCGGUGGUGCAGAUGUUCAACCGUCUGUCAAACGCCCCGAACCGCAGCAUUCUGUACGACCUCUACAACUACAUCUGUGACAUCAAGAGCGGGGUCGGCCUGGCUCGGGCCUACGUCAAAUCACUCGGAGGGCAGAGUGGACCCUCAGCCCAGCCGAUGAACGAUGACCCUGAACCCUGGGGCUUCAGAGGAGGCCUCUCUGGAGAGUUCCAGAGAAUGCUGCCUUGCCACGGAAACAGGGACCUGUUCAGACAUCCUCCCAUGACGGCGGUUUACAGCACACGACCGUACUGCACUGAGGACAAGCUGGAGGUGCAGAGGAUCUCCAGGGAGAUGCAGAGCGCAGGAAUGCAGCCUCCGCUUAUCUGUGACGGCCUGUCAGCAGGUGAGAUCCCCCCUUCCCCUCAGUGUGCUCUGGUCCUGGAGGAUGAGAUCGGGCUGUGUGGUUACGCGCUGGCACUCACCGACGCCAAACCGGCCGCAGCCAAGAUUCAGAGGGCAGUAAGUGAAUCAGUGCUCAAGGACUUCCCCUCCCUGGUUACCAUACAAGUGCUGCCCCGGGUCACUGAUCCCUCUCCAGCCAAGCGCAUGAUUGGUCGGCUGUUGUCCUCCAUCAGGAGCAGUGGUUCCAGAGGAGUUUUCUGUGAGUUGAGGCAGAACGAUCAGAGGAUGCUCGACUUUUACACUAAACUGGGCUCCUUCAAACCCAUCCAAACAGCCGGUCUACCUCAAGACAUUAUUGCCAUGGGAACAAGCUUGUGAACAAGAUGAAUCACAAGGAUCUUCCUCAGGUUUGAUUGUUUUGAGAUAAAACUGUGAGUAAUUGCUUACUGUGUAGCAUGCCAAUCGUCGCCAUUUUCGAUCAGUUAAUAUCAUUAUUUGUGUAAUUUAGAAGUCAUAACCAUUCGCCAAUGUCCUCCUGCUACGUUACAUUAGUCCAUGAAAUUAUUAAUUAAAUUUGUGCGACAAAGUACUAUAAUGAUAAAGUGUAAAGCACUCCUACUUUGUACAUCAUUUGAAAUGGAAC